AUGAGUUCCAAACCAGAAUAUAAGAAACCUCAAAAAUAUAAGCCAGGUCCAAAUGAUCCUGCUUUACCACCACAAUUAUCGGAAUUUAAAGAUAAAACACCAGAUGAAGUCCUUGAAGAAUUGAACAGAAUGCCCUUCUUCAUGACAAAAUUGGAUGAAUCCAAUGGUGAAGGUGGUGAUAAUUUAGAGCUGGAGGCAUUGAAAGCUUUGGCAUACGAGGGAGAACCUCAUGAAGUUGCUGAAAAUUUCAAGAAUCAAGGGAAUGAUUUGUUUACAGUUAAAAGAUUCAGAGAGGCUCGAGACAUUUACAAUAAGGGUAUCGAAAUAAAAUGUGAGAAUGAUAAGAUAAAUGAGGCUCUGUUUGCCAAUAGAGCUGCUUGCCAACUAGAAUUAAAAAAUUAUAGAUCAUGUAUUAAUGAUUGUAAGCAUGCAUUAACUUUGAAUCCAAAAAACAUUAAAUGUUACUAUCGAAUGGGUAAGGCAUUCUAUUUACUAAAUAAUAUAGAAGAAGCUAAGGAAUCUGUUGGGUUUGGACAAAAAGUCGAUAAGGAAAAUAAGUCACUGAUAACUUUAUUAGAAGUGAUUGAAAAGAAAGAUAAGGAAAUUAAAGAAAAAGAGGCCAAGGUAUUAAGAGAAAAGCAAGAGCGUAAAAAUUUCAAAAUCAUUCUAGAUAAUGCAAUGGGGUUGAGACAUAUAACUAAUAUUAAUUCUAGCCAUCCACCUGAUCUAUUGAAAGAUGCCAAGAUUAGGUUAGAGGAUCCAAUUGAUUUCGAAUCACAAUUAAUAUACCCUGCAUUAAUCAUGUACCCAACAACUGAUGAAUUUGAUUUUGUUGCCGAAAUUAGUGAACUGACCACUGUACAGGAACUUUUGGAAUUGAUCUUGGAAAGACCCCAAGAAUGGUUUGAACUGCCAGGUCAUAAAAAUUUCACAUCGAAGAAAUUAAUUGCAUAUAUGGAAACGGAAACUGGUGGUUUGAUUAAGGCAGGAAAAAAGAUGACCUUCCACGAUAUUUUGAAGAAGGACUCACCCAAUAUUCCACUUUUCGAUAAUUCUUUAAAGAUAUAUUUUGUUCCAAAGAUAGAAAGUGAGAGCUGGUUAGCAAAAUGGGAUAAGCAAAAAGCUUUAGAGAAUAGGUCAUAG